UAAGGCAAAAGCCAUCAACCGCUCUCAGUGGCGCGUCGACGCACUUUCUCGUCGAACCCUUUGUAGCGGAAACGAGGUGUCACAACCCAGCCAUCGCCACGCGCACGUCUGGUACGUGGCUCCACACCAGUCCUAUUCUUCUCCAAGUACAAAAAGGCUCUUGAAGAUUCUCUCUCUAUUCAUUCAAAUGGUGUGUGUGCCCUAAGCUCUGUCUGCAUGUACGCACCGUUUGGAGGUCCGAUUGGUUCUAAACCCGGUUCAGCCGGAGCCCCACCCGACCCGGAAAUGGCGUCGGCGGAGCACUUGGUUCUUGAACUCAGCAACCCCGAGCUUCGUGAGAAUGCUCUCCUCGAACUCUCCAAGAAGAGAGAACUGUUUCAAGAUUUGGCCCCAUUGUUGUGGAAUUCUUUCGGUACCGUUGCUGCUCUGUUGCAGGAAAUAGUUUCAAUAUACCCUGUUUUAUCACCACCAAAUCUAACUCCUGCCCAAUCAAAUCGAGUUUGCAAUGCUCUUGCUCUGCUCCAGUGUGUUGCUUCUCACCCAGACACAAGGAUGUAUUUCCUUAAUGCUCAUAUACCUUUAUAUUUGUACCCUUUUCUUAAUACUACAAGUAAGUCAAGACCUUUUGAGUACUUAAGGCUUACCAGCUUAGGUGUCAUUGGCGCCUUGGUGAAGGUUGAUGACACAGAAGUGAUUAGCUUCCUUCUCUCAACGGAAAUAAUUCCCCUAUGCCUUCGCACUAUGGAAAUGGGCAGUGAGCUGUCAAAAACAGUUGCCACAUUUAUUGUUCAAAAGAUUUUGUUGGAUGAUGUGGGCUUGGAUUAUAUUUGUACUACAGCAGAGCGGUUUUUUGCAGUAGGUCGAGUGUUGGGGAAUAUGGUUGCAUCACUUGCUGAUCAACAUUCAUCGCGUUUAUUAAAACAUAUCAUCCGUUGUUACCUUAGAUUAUCCGAAAACCCGAGGGCUUGUGAUGCUUUAAGAAGUUGUCUUCCUGACAUUUUAAGAGAUGCUACCUUCAGUGUCUGCCUUCGGGAAGAUCAAACUACAAGGAGAUGGCUGCAGCAGUUGCUUCACAAUGUUGGAGUUAGUCGGGUUCCUGGGCUUCAGGCUGGGGCAGGGUUUGAUCAUAUGAUGGUGAAUCAAUAGCAUAAAUAAAUCAACCUUGAUUUUGGAGUGCCAUCUGGUGCUUAUGCAUCAGAGAGGGCUGCUUAGAUCUUGUUUAUCUAGCUAAAUGCUAAUUGGCAAAUUCUAUUAUUGUAAAUUACAAAAUGUUACUUCUGUAACUUGGGCUUGUAAGGUUUUUUCUGCCAUGUAUGACAUUUCUGGAAGUGGGUUUGUUCCUAGAAGAAAUCAGUCCUCACCAUUCUAAAACUCUCAUGUAUUAACUUUUCAAAUCGUUCAGUUUACUCAAUAA